ACUGUCAGGCGGGCGGCGCGUCCCCUGCGGCCCAGCUCAGCCGCCUGGGCCAGGAUGGAGACUCCGCUCCUGUGGGGCUCAGGGAUUGUUGGGGAUUCCAUUUGGGAAAAAAGCCACCAGGUCAUUCACUGCCCAGCCGGCUCGGGGACCCCACUGGCUGCCCUUUCCUAAGCGGGAGCCCUGGCGCUGCCCUUCCCGGGUUCCCUGGGGCCCUGUUCGCUCCCCCCUUCCCAGGACCCCGCCCAGAGGGCCAUGCCCAGGCCUCUGCCCCUGGCCCACAGGACGCGGGUCCCCAUGCCCCCGGCUGGAGGCAGCAGGCAGCUCGGCCAACGGUCGGGCCAGCUGGUUCCCUUCAGGGGCAGCCUUGCCCCCUCUCCCGCCCCGUCCCCCCCCCCCCACGGGGCUGUAACCCGAGCCGCCCAGCCACUGCCUCCCCUCCAGAUCCUCCCCGGCGGCUCUGCGGCCCGGGCCCCCGCGCCGUGCUGCCCCAUGCGGCCCUGAGCCCCACAGCAAGUCCGCCAUGGGCCGCGGGGCCCGUGUCCCCUCGGAGGCCCCGGGGGCCGGCGUCGAGCGCCGCUGGCUUGGAGCCACGCUGGUCGCCCUGUGCCUCCUCCCCGUGCUGGUGCUGCUGGCCCGGCUGGGGGCCCCGGCGGUGCCGGCCUGGGGCGCGGCGCAGGGAGACGCCGCCGCGCUGGGCCUCUCGGGGGUCCCCCCAACCCGGGUCCCGGGCCCACUGGCCCCCCGCAGACGCCGCUACACGCUGACUCCAGCCAGGCUGCGCUGGGACCACUUCAACCUCACCUACAGGAUCCUCUCCUUCCCUCGGAACCUGCUGAGCCCGCGGGAGACGCGGCGGGCCCUGGCUGCCGCCUUCCGCAUGUGGAGCGACGUGUCCCCCUUCAGCUUCCGCGAGGUGGCCCCCGAGCAGCCCAGCGACCUCCGGAUAGGCUUCUACCCGAUCAACCACACGGACUGCCUGGUCUCCGCGCUGCACCACUGCUUCGACGGCCCCACGGGGGAGCUGGCCCAUGCCUUCUUCCCCCCGCACGGCGGCAUCCACUUCGACGACAGCGAGUACUGGGUGCUGGGCCCCACGCGCUACAGCUGGAAGAAAGGCGUGUGGCUCACGGACCUGGUGCACGUGGCGGCCCACGAGAUCGGCCACGCGCUGGGCCUGAUGCACUCACAGCACGGCCGGGCGCUCAUGCACCUGAACGCCACGCUGCGCGGCUGGAAGGCGUUGUCCCAGGACGAGCUGUGGGGGCUGCACCGGCUCUACGGUGAGUUUCUUUGUCGGGCGGGAGGGCGGGGAUGGGGCGGUCCUGAGCCAGGCAUGCUCCCCACGCUCCCGCUCCCGGCAGGAUGCCUGGACAGGCUUUUCGUGUGCGCGUCCUGGGCACGGAGGGGCUUCUGCGACGCUCGCCGGCGCCUCAUGAAGAGGCUCUGCCCCAGCAGCUGCGACUUCUGCUACGAAUUCCCCUUCCCGACGGUGGCCACCACCCCACCGCCCCCCAGGACCAAAACCAGGCUGGUGCCGGAGGGCAGGAACGUGACCUUCCGGUGCGGCCAGAAGAUUCUCCACAAGAAAGGAAAAGUGUACUGGUACAAGGACCAGGAGCCCCUGGAGUUCUCCUACCCCGGCUACCUGGCCCUGGGUGAGGCACACCUGAGCAUCAUUGCCAACGCCGUCAAUGAGGGCACCUACACCUGCGUGGUGCGCCGCCAGCAGCGCGUGCUGACCACCUACUCCUGGCGAGUCCGUGUGCGGGGCUGAGCCCGGCUGAUAAAGCACUUUCUCUCUGA